AUGAAUCCCGACGAAGAUGGCUCGGUCGGGAAGCCAGUCAACCGAGAGACAGAUCCAGGCAAACUUGUCCAAAGCUUCCUCACGCCCUCCCAAUCCAAUCCCAAGUCCGAAGAUAAACCACAGCUGGUGGCUUAUGACCGCAACCAUGGGCCUAUACAACACCUCGACGCAUCAACUCAUCGCCUCACAAUAAAAUCCGAUUCUUCGCUGUCAUCCGCCCCCAACUCCAAAUAUAUCCUUCCCCAACCCCUCAGCACUGUCCUUACGCUCUCUGACCUGUCCACUAAAUUUGACCGGGUCAGUAUCACCUGUGCGCUGCAAUGUGCGGGUAACAGACGGCAUGAGAUGCAGGAGCGGCUGGGCGAGGUGAGUGGAUUGGAUUGGGGAGAUGGAGCGGCUAUGAACGCCGAGUGGACGGGGGUGAGAGUGAGGGACGUGUUGGUCCACGCUGGUCUGAGACCUCUCACACCGCGCCAGACCGACGGCGACAAUGAGGAUAUGGAGCAUGAUGAAGAAUUCGAGUCUCAGUACGAGGGACUACAUGUCCAGUUCGCGUGUACCACGCAACCCACCCAGGACGACGACUACUACGGCUCCUCGGUGCCGCUGUUUCUCGCGCUCGAUCCGGAGCGGGAAUGUCUCCUGGCGACACACAUGAACGGUGAAGCCCUGCCCGCGCGGCACGGCUUCCCAGUGCGCGCCAUCAUCCCCGGCGUCAUCGGUGCGCGGAGCGUCAAAUGGCUCGACUCCAUCGUGGUCGCCGGCGAGGAGAGCACCAACCACUACCAGCGACGCGACUACAAGAUUCUCCCGACUGAGGCGGAUAACAGCACAGAGAAAGCGAACGAGGGAGGAAGGGACGAGUUGUGGGAUCAUGUCCCAGCCAUGAUUGACAACCCGAUCAAUUCCGUCGUGGCUGUGCCGGGGCGAGACCGUGACGUGGUUUCAAGGGAUGGAAACGGAUGCGUGCAUGUCAAGGGAUACGCUAUCCCCAAGGGAAAAGAUGGGCCCGUGGUCAAAGUCGAGAUCAGCCUCGACAAGGGCCACACGUGGUAUGAGGCGAGCAUCUCGGACGGUGGAGACGAAUACUAUAACACCCGCCACCCGGGCAAUAGCAACGACACGGGAAAAGACAAGGCCGGGAGGGCGAAGUUCGCCUGGGCUCUAUGGGAUGUCCAUAUUCCUUGUGAGCCGGGCGACGAUGUGAGCAUUUGGAGCAAAGCGACAGAUCGAGGCGGGAACACCAUGUCGGUAGAGCAGGCGGAGGGAAGUUGGAAUCUUAGAGGCGUGGGGUUUAAUGCUGUCGAAGGACGUAGGGGGAUUAAGAUUGUAUGA